AUAGAUGUCCCCACCAGGCUUCCGUACCAAGCCGAAGGACCAGCAAAGAAGCGCCAGUAUACUAUGGCGCGAUAGUAUGGACCAAUUUGGACAGUGCCCGAAACUACUGGAUGAAUAUCGGUGCUGGUGCAGCCUCCACUCAACAUACAGUGAUCAAACUCUGAGCGUAUUAGUUGAGUCGCCGAUUGUAUACCAAACAUUUUUGCUACGAACUCAUUCAGACCUGAUCGACCGCACCUAGGACGUGUGGGCGCAUGUUCUACACAACUGUGCGUCGCUUUGAGACCGUAAAAAUGUUGAUAUACGAUGUUGUAAACAAAGAGAAGGUCUAUGAAAUAAUCGCGAGUAACUUGAGGAAUUUGGGGGUUAAGCGGCGCGUGAAGAAGCAGCCUUACUUAUCGAAACUAGACAAAAACGAGGAGAAUGGUCACUCUAUUCAAUCAACCGAUAAAGUUUUCAAAUCCCACCUCACACAAUUACCGUCAGAUCUUGUUAUUCUCCCCUCUGGGUCUUUCGUUCAUGUACCUCAAUUUGUGAGCCAGGCUUGUGCCCUUAUUGAAAAAUGUAUAACUCACGAAGGCCUGUUCAGAAAGGCCGGGUCUCAUCGUCGCCAGAAAGAGAUUAUAUCUCUUCUCGAUACUGGUGCUCCUCUAGAAGAUAAACACCAAGUUAUAGAUGUAGCUAAUGUCCUGAAAACAUUCUUCAGGGAACUUCCAGUACCCUUAAUACCUUGGUCCUAUCACGAAUUAUUAGUACGGUGUGCAUUGCUGAAGAAUUCCAGUGUGAAGGCACUACUUAUGGCCUGCAUUCUUCUUCCCCCUUACCACCUAAACACAUUGGCAUACUUUGCUGGAUUUCUCAAGAGAAUAGCUGAACAUGAGAAACAGAACAAAAUGAGCGUAGAGAAUCUGGCCAAAGUUGUAGGACCGAAUAUCAUGCCACUUCAAGAAGCUACCAUAUCUGCUGUCCAAUCUAGAUUAGAAACGCAUAUUCUUAUUAUCAAGAUUUUGAUUGAGAAUGCCGAACAUAUUGGUGUUUUGCCAGAUAAUAUAACGGAACAAAUGGUGUUUGAUACAACCAGUAACGUUGAGAAUGAAUCUGAUGCUUUAGAUUCAUUGUUAAAGGCAAAGCUGAAAAACAAGAAACGUCGCAGCGGAAGCCUUACACGGAUGUUGAAUGGGCUGAAAAAAAUGGUCAGUAAGAGUAACUCACCAGAAGAAUCCUGCAUCGUAACCAAUAAGAUUGUUCCAACCACUUUCAACUCAUUACAUACUCCUUCCAUCAGAACAGGAAAAAAACGUAAGGUUGCCGAAUCUCUGGCCCCUCUCAGUGCAAAAAAAAAACGAGAAAUUCUUCAAGUAUUACCAGACUGUGGUUGUCCACUCCAAGAAAAUCAUUUCACAGCUAUAGUUUCUCUAAAUCCAAAUCCCUGCAAAGAUGGAAGCUCUAUACAUAUGCCGAGAGUAAAAGAAAAAAUCGAGAGAACCAGGAAGAUUCGUCUCAGCUUAGAUCGGCUUGUUUCAAAAAGUAAACUUAAAGUCGCAGAUCCACAAACUGAAGAUUGCAGAAUUUCAAAUUCACCAAAAAUUGAAAGACGGUGGAGUUCCGUUAGCGGUGCUUCAUGGUUAAAUAAAAAACAAGCACUGCACGAAGAGUUGUUCGGAGUCAAGUCGCCUUCUAGAUCCCUUGAGGGUUUUGUCAAUGGUUCUGAGCAGGAUGAAGUCUUCAUGGAUGCUGAUGUCAACUUAUCGGACGACAGCGCCUCAGUGGGUCAAGUAUCGGAUAAUUUUAUGUACCCCAAGCGCCAGAAAGAUCAGCUAGACUACCAAAAUGGUCAAGUGGAUACAAGAUCUAAAAAAAUUGACACCGCCUUCCAAUCUAGACUUUGUUGCGAUGUAAAUUUUGACGAGGAAGAAUACGUUACUAUACCAAAAAGUGAAUACGAAGACAUAAAAAGUAGAGUUUGUGCAAUAGAAUCCAGGAUAUCUCAAGAGUUUGAAUGCAUCUCACAAUCAAACAAUACUAGCCAAGAUCUCAUUCAGUGCUCUGCCAGAAAAGUACAGUGUGCUUACGAAAAAACGCUGGAAGGAGCUAGUAUUGGCAGCACCUUGAAUGCAGAUCAUCUUGCCAAACGUUUGGGUAGGGAAUUGAAAAUAAGAAGAUCUGCAGAGCACAAGAUAAUAAGGUCACCAAGUGCCAGGAAAAUUGGGAACCUCAGACGUCGAUCUCAAGAAAGACCUGUUUGCAAACGUAAUAGCCGUCAUGUCUCGUGGCGUGUCUCAACACAGCAGGAUUUGGAACAAUCCAAAGAAGAACCGAAUAAUUUUUCACCUAAGGUCUACUUGAAACGUGGAAGACCCAACACUGUCUACACGGGAUUAAUGCAACCUGGUGCCCGAACACUUUCAAGUUGCAAUACAAUUUGCAGCGACGAAACGAUCGCGAGGCUUGACUUCCUGCAAAAACAAUUACACACAUUGAUAACACACACCGCCGAACACACAAAGGGCUCACUGAGCAAUGACGCCACUUUCAUCGAUGAUCAAGAGGAGCUAGUGAAUAGUUCGGAUAUUGUCAUGCAAUCGGUCGUCCGUCGGGCUUCAUCUUUUCAUGGGUCUGAUUUUAUAGGCGACUGUCGACAGUUGAAUAAUAAAACAAAGGAAUUAAAACAUGUUAGCAGCCAGCAAGAUGUGGGUCGGGAUGACGAGCCUAUUUCUGGAAGGAAAGAAAUAGGGAGUCAAACACCCACGGGAAAAAUUGUAAAAUGGAAAGAUGCAGACUGUUAUUUUAAGUCUGAUCACGGGACCAACACUACGGCACCACAGACUGGAAGGGCUUCGGUGGCAAAAUUAAGAACUCAAAAUGUUGGAAUGGUAUUAGCAAAAGCGAAGCUCUUCGACGAAACGUCAAAGCAAGAAAUUUAUUGCCCCAAUCCAAGUUGUGACACUAGAGCAGAGAAUUCCAGAAGGCAAGUUUCAAAAUUAGGGCGUACUAGGAUAGUCAAAAGUUUAGAUUCGGACGAAUCAACCGUCUCAAAAAUAUUGGGACCACCUCGUAGAAAGUCCCAUAAGAGCUCAAAGAGCAAUGCUAAAUUGAAGGUGUCUCAGUCCUCUGGUGAUUUUUCCCCGCAGUUGAAAAUGAAAUUAACUAUAAUACCGUCUCAGCAGAACAUUCAUUUGCAGCCUGAAAAGCAAAAUAUCAGUCACGAGGCUCAAAAGUAUGAUCCACAGAGUUUAGUGGCGUUGGAAAAUGAGUUAAAGAUUGACACAGACUGCGCAGACUUGAUGGAAGUCAACACAAAUAAUUAUUAUUGUCUGAGAGAAAACCAGAGCACGAUUCGCAGCUUCAAAGAAUCAAACCGAAAUAUCUCAAAAUCAGAUGAAAACACGCCCUGCAAAACACCUCACAUUAAACGUACUCUCACUUCAAAGACUAGAAAGGAUGUAAAGCCAAUAAUCAGAAAACAGGGAACUGACUGCAAACGUACUCCCAUGAAGGCAUUAGCCUUUACCUCUGAACAAUUCAACACUCCGAAGAGACAGAGUCCUCGAAACGCGUUCAAAUCGAGGCAAUUAACUAAGUCUGUGAGUUAGAAAUGAGAUAAUGUUUAAUUUUAUAUAUCCCGAAAGUGCAACCGAUAUCUGUUUGAAUGUAAACAGUUUAACGAAUGAAACGCCAUUUCAAUAUUUUAUAAUUUUUAUCGUAAUUUCUCUGUAUUUUGCUAUUGUGAUCUGUCUUCUCAUACAACUGAUUAAUGUAUGAUUUAUGUAUAACUCAUCUGAUACAACAUCUAUAGAAUUAUAGGAAGUUUAGAAAAAAAAAAAACAAGUUGUAAUAAACCCACAAACUAGUGAAUAAUAUCAUUUUACUAGCUAAAA